CCAAAGAGAAUCUCUUCCAGCUCCCGCUGGCAGGCUGAGGCCCUCCGGAGCCCAGAGAGCCAGAGCAGGAGCCGGUAGGGUUAUCUGUGUGAGGAUCAUUUCCAGGGGAAGAGUUCUGGCCCCUGACAGGUAACGGCUGGGCAGAGGAGAAGAGAGCAGAGAAGAGAGCGCUGCACAACUCCUAGGCUGGCCCCGGCUCCUUGGGAGCUGACCAAGUUGGAGGAAGGCUCUGUACUUUCAGCGCUCCCCACAGGAUAUCCCCUCUCACCUUGGCAGCCAGGCUGAGAAAGGGCUCCAGGGUCCCCGCGGAAUGACAACUUGUGUUCCUGCAACCCUCUCUAUCCUUCUCCUCUGGACCCUGCCAGGGCAGGUCCUCCUCAGGGUGGCCUUGGCAAAAGAGGAAGUCAAAUCUGGGACCAAGGGGUCCCAGCUCAUGUCUCCCUCUGAUUUCUUGGACAAGCUUAUGGGGCGGACAUCUGGAUAUGAUGCCAGGAUUCGGCCCAAUUUUAAAGGCCCGCCCGUGAACGUGACCUGCAACAUCUUCAUCAACAGUUUCGGCUCUGUCACUGAGACUACCAUGGACUACCGGGUGAAUGUCUUCUUGCGGCAGCAGUGGAAUGACCCGCGCCUGGCCUACCGAGAAUACCCUGAUGACUCAUUGGACCUCGAUCCUUCCAUGCUGGACUCUAUCUGGAAACCAGACCUGUUCUUUGCCAAUGAGAAAGGGGCCAACUUCCAUGAGGUGACCACGGACAACAAGUUACUGCGCAUCUUCAAGAAUGGGAAUGUGCUGUACAGCAUCAGGCUGACCCUCAUUUUGUCCUGCCCGAUGGACCUCAAGAACUUCCCCAUGGACAUCCAGACCUGCACGAUGCAGCUGGAGAGCUGUAAGUGUCCCCGGAGAGUCACUGAGCAAGGUCUGGGAUCCCAGCUACUUAACCCCAUCCCGUGA